CUGACGCCGUCACGCGGCCGGUAUCUCUUUCUUCACGCACGUUCGUGGUUUAUCUCAUCGCGUGCAAGACCGGUAUAGCGCGGGUGGUAAUUUUUCUAUUUUCUCGAUCUUCCCGCCUGUCGUUACACUGCGAGAGUGUAUAAACAAUGGCAGAUCAACAAGAGAACAAGGAUUUCAGUGAAGACGUAGCGGAGCAAAAUUUUGAGAAAAAUGGCGAGGCCGAAAGCGCGGGUACCGGCGGUGGUGGCGGCGGCGACGCCGUAGAGAAUGGCCAGGAUUCGCAGGAAGACAGAAAAUUAUUUGUCGGAGGACUCAGUUGGGAAACUACAGACAAGGAACUAAGAGAACAUUUCAGCACAUAUGGCGACAUUGAAAGUAUUAAUGUCAAAACUGAUCCUAAUACGGGAAGAUCGAGAGGAUUUGCUUUUAUCGUGUUUGCUAAAGCGGAAGCACUUGAUAAAAUUAUGUCAGCUGGAGAUCACAUCAUUAACAAUAAAAAAGUCGAUCCGAAGAAGGCGAAAGCUAGACAUGGUAAGAUUUUUGUUGGUGGUCUGUCUACAGAACUUUCAGACGACGACAUCAAAAAUUUCUUCUCACAGUUCGGAAAUAUUGUCGAAGUGGAGAUGCCAUUUGAUAAGACAAAGAAUCAACGAAAAGGUUUCUGCUUUAUUACAUUUGAAUCUGAACAAGUGGUUAAUGAGUUACUGAAGACGCCAAAACAGACAAUUAAUGGAAAAGCAGUUGAUGUGAAAAAGGCGACACCAAAAUUGGAUGGCAUGGGCGGAAUGCGUGGAGGCAUGAUGGGGAGAGGAAGAGGUGCUCGAGGCGGCCGAGGUCGCGGAUUUGGUGGUCAAGGUGGUUGGGGACAAGGAUACGGGGGCGGUUAUGGCGGCGGUUAUGGCCAAGGUGGAUAUGGCGGCGGUUAUGACGGUUACGGAGGAUAUGAUUACUACGGCGGCGGUUAUGGUGGAUACGGUGGUUACGAUUACAGUGGAUAUGGAGAUGGCUAUGGCUAUGGCGGUGGUAAUUACGAAGGUGGCUACGCAGGCGGGCGUGGUGGUGUACGCGGUAAAGGAGGUUCGGGCUACGGAAAGCAAAGAGGUGGAGGACGUCAAAAUCAAAGGCAUCAACCGUAUUAACGAAAAUUCCCAUCCGCGAUCGCAGUGCAAUUCGCGCCGUAAUCUGAUAUUCUUCCUCACUACCGAUCUCUUCAUUCGUCCAGUCAUCAUUCCAUUAAGCCACGCCUCUCCUAGCAAGAAUUUCGACAAUUUUUGGACAAUGUGAUCAACUGCUGCUACCAAAUCAAUCACGAAAAGCUACGAUGGAAACAGCAGUACAAUUUCGUUUUAUAUUUAACUCCGAUUUAUUAUUCCGUGUCUAUAUGCUUUCCUUUCUGCCGUUUGCAGUACGAAUUCGUGUCAUUUAUCUCCUUUUUAACAGUGUGUUUGCGGUAGAAAAGCAAGCAUAUAAAAUUGCCACUUAGAUUCCGAUUGUAAUACAGAGCAAAACGUGAAGUAUCCAACAGUAUCAGUCUUACAAGAAAUGUUGCCGUACGAUAAAGUGAAAUAAGGAUAGUUGUAUAAAAUAAAAUGUAAGCACGUGUAUGUGCCCGAUUAGAAAAAGA